GAAACGGAGCUAAAACCUGCUUUAAACUGGAAAUGUACUGUAACGUGGAUGACGGCAAGUUGAUCUUUUUUCCUCUAUUGAUCGCUAAAAGGUAACAACUUGCUAAUGCCAUUAGCAAGUUGUUACCUUUUGGUAGAUAGUCAAAGCUAAUAAACAAAAGUAGCUAUCACGCUCGCAACGUCAGUGUUUUUGGAUUUGCUGAUGUCAAUUUUGCUUCUAGCCUGCUAGCUACUGUUGUGAAAACGUGCAGAAACGUAUAAACAGUGGCAGUCAUGUAGCGGCCGGCGGACCGGAAGUGGACCAUAAAGAGGGCCUGUUUGUUGGACAAAGGUGCAAUGGAGCGUUCAUGUAUUUUUCCAGGGCUGCUUCGUGUGGUUCUUAGUGGGACGCUUUUUGACCAUGAACAAACCAUUUAACUUUUUUGUUUCUAACAAAUGUCUUUCACCAAUAUGAAGUUUUUCCAUCACAGGGUGAGGGAAAGGAACCAGCUGAGAUGGAGGCUGACUGUGACGGAGACCUGUUCGAACUCAGGCUGGUCCUCGUUGGGCGGACCGGAUCCGGCAAGAGCGCGUCUGGAAACACCAUCCUGGGCCGCAGGCACUUCCUGUCGCAGGUCAGCGCCAGCUCUGUCACCCGGAUUUGCGAGCUCGGGAGCACUGAGCUCACCGAGGAAGAGGGUGCAGAGGUCCGAGACCGGGCCAGGAGGAAGAGGAGGGUGACGGUGGUCGACAUGCCGGGCUUCGGGGACACUGACCUCAGCGUGGAGCAGACGCACGCAGAGAUCGCCAAAUGUGYGUCUCUGUCGGCCCCCGGGCCACACGCGUUCCUUCUCGUGGUGCCGGUCGGUCGGUACACGGACAACGAGGACCGGGCCGUGAGCCGGCUGAGCCAGAUAUUUGGAGAAGCUGCUGUCCGUCACCACACUGUGGUUCUUUUUACCCGGGGGGACGACCUGGAGGGAACUGGGAUUGAGGAAUAUCURAGAGAGACUGCGCCGGCUGGGCUCAAAGCUCUGAUUGACAGGUGCGGGCGUCGAUACCACGCACUCAACAACAGAGACCCCCGUAACUCCACGCARGUUAAAGAGCUGCUGAGGAAAGUGGACGAGAUGGUGCGGCUGAAUAACGGGAGGUUUUACACCAACGCUGUGCUUUUGGAGGCCGAGGCUGCCGUCGUGACGGAGCAGACGAGGAUGCUGAGGGAGCGAGGGCAAGCAGAGGGCGAGGAAGGAAGUGAAGUCACCAAACGAAGCGUGCGUGACUCGGAGUCCGUUCGAGAAAACGACGAGCAGAUUCAUUUUGAGAGAGGAAACGGUUUCGGCCUCCUGAGRGAUGGGUUCAGAGCGAGGCGUCAGGGUGUCAGCGGGGUGGUCCGCAGGCGACACUCCCUCCGUUCGUCCUUGAGCCGUCUGAGGAGGGAGGCUGCCCUCUCUGCUAAUGUCCUGGACAGAGUGAAGGCCCUGGUGGCUGCUGGAGCCACGGGCAUGGCGGUCGGGGUGGUGUUCGGGGCCGCUGCUCCUUUAGCAGCUGCAGCGGGGGCAUCCCUCGUAGGAAACUCUGUCGGCUUUGCUGCGGGACAGUUAGCCGGGGUGUCCGCGGCAGGAGGAGCAGGCGUGGGGAACGCCGUAGGGGCCGUGGUGGCAGCGGCGUCCGGAAAAACGGCUGUGGCUCUGGGGGCGGCGACAGGCGGGGUUCUGGGGGGCUACGUUGGAGCUGUCGCCGGCACAGAGGCGGCGAGUCCUCGGGAGGGCGCUUUAGAUGCUCUGGGUCAGGUGAGCCUGAUGGGAGCCUCUGCUGUGGGGGCUGCAGCAGGUGUGGGGUGUGCCCUGGGGGCUGGGGCUGCUUUAGGUGCGGCUCUGGAGGGAGCAGCUCUUGGCGGAGCAGAAACUGCAGCCUCAGCAGCACCGCAGCACGCACUGGCCUCUGCUGCUGCGGGACCACCUCAGUCUGCUGCAACUUUAGCUCAGGAGGUGGCUGUCGGGUCGGCGGGGGCUGCGUGUGACGCAACAGGGACUGGGGUGGUCUCGGUGACCACAGGGGUCGUACCCAACCACUGGGGCACCGUGGCGACAAGCAUCUUGAGCGCGGUGGCUGAGAUUGGCAAAGCUGCAGCAGGAGUGGCUCUGGCGGGUGGUCUGGUGGUGAAGGUGGUGAAGGAGAAAGUGAGAUCUGGAACCGGUUCAGCAGAAACCCGCUACUCUGAAAAGAAAUCUUAUGAAAUCUACUGGAACAAAUAAACUCUCAAAACUGAAAUAAUUUUAAUGUUUUUCAGUUUUGAUUUCACAUAAAUAAAUUAGYGCUGGGCACGUUAACGUGUUAUUAUCACGUUAACUCAACCGGUGCUUAACAGCAGGGCUUGGUGUUAAAAAUGUCACAAUUCAAUUUGRUUUAAAUUCUUUGGGUCACAGUUUGAUUCAAUAUUUCUUUAAAUGCUUCAAUAUCAUUUUCAGUACACAAGUAAUUCAUUAAAGUCCUUGUUUGAAUGUAGAUGCUUAUUUUCUCGCUCAUAUAAACAGAAAUAGUAUACAUUGAUAUUUUGAAAAAUAACAUGAGAAAAUAAAGCAGUAGCACAAUACUUGUUCUAAAUAUGGAGGGUAAACAAAAAAAAUGAGAUUGAAUUAAAUUUAAGGAUUUUCUGAAUCGAUAUUGAACUGGAAAAAAUAUAUUGGAAUGCAUUUAUAAAUCUAUAUUUUUACCCACCCCUACUUAAUGGUGGUAAUUAUUGUAACGUGUGCUAACACUGUAAGUUUAAUUUUUUUUUUUGAGUCUGCUCGUUGGAUAUGAACACACAAACACAACAGUAAGCAGGUGGUGGGAUCUUGAUGGCCGUCAGGGCCGUAUAGAGAGAGAGGGAGAAAAAUGAACGAACCAUACACAGAUUGAGUUGCUUUAUUUGUUAAAAGUUUUUUUAAAUGCAUUGAACCUCUCUUUUUAUAAAAGAGUACCUUAAAACUGCUCUAAACAUCUUUGCGUCAUAAUUUCAUUUUACGCAUAAUGCGAUUGGUCGCGAUUAAAAAAAUAUAAACUUAGUUGGAUUUUUUAAAAAAAACAUCUAUGCCCAGCACUAAAAUAAAUAUUAAUGUUAUCAGUAUGAUGCAAGAAAUGUUUUAUGAAUAGACAUUACAUUUUGAGAGGAAAAAGUAGAAAUGUUUUUAUCAAACGGUUAGUUAAACAGUUCAGAACUGAUGACUGCGUUUCGUGGCUUAAUGCUGGCCUGAUUUAUUAAAACACUUCCUUGUUUUGAGAAAACAUCCAUCAAAUAUUUAAAAUGAGUUGUUCGCCACUGGAUUUUGUAUCAGAAUAAGAUUUUUAAAAUUUCAUCAAAUUUCAUCAAUAAAUAUAGGAAAACAAAAAUAAUAACAAAAAAUUGUUUGGAAAUGUUGUGUUUUUCAGCUUGUGACAAAACAGAUAACAAAUAAGGACAAAAUGUCCUUAUUUGCUGAUUUGCUGUAGGAGUUAAUUUUAUUGCAGUAAUUUGUUUUUAUUAAAAUAAUUCAUUUUAAAUCCUAAAAUAGUUGCACUUUGAGUGUGUUGCACUGCUUUGUGACAAUGUAUCACUUAGUUUAUUGAAAACUUGAUUAUUUCAGUUCAUAAGCAUUUCUUUAUUGCUCUGUGCUCUUUGUUUUAUUUUACUGCAAGAGCAUUGUAUUCAAGUUUCCACAUAUUUGUGUUUUUUCUGCAGUAUAAAAAGAAUAAAAUGUAAUUGAAUUAAUGAUGAA